AUGUCGCUGACGAUUGUAAGUAAGGAAGUGCCUUUCACGACUAUCCACCCAGUCCCCGUUGUGUGCAGACGCGAAAUCCAAGCCCUUGCUACGUAUCAAGCUCCUGCCAUGGCUACGUACCAUGCCCCUAUGACGGCUACGUACCAAGCCCCUGCCACAGCUGCCUACCAGGCCGCAGCCACAGCCAUGUAUCAAGCACCCGCGACGACGUUGUACAAAGCCCCCGUGACGGCUGAGUUCCAUGCCCCCAUUACAGCCUUGUAUCAAGUCCCUGGAACCGCUGUGUAUCACGUCCCUGCCAUGGCCACGUAUCAUUCUCCCUCCACAGCCACGUAUCAUACUCCAGCCACAGCCACGUACCAUGCCCCUGCUACAGCCAUGUACCAUACCCCUGCAACAGCCACAUACCAUGCCCCAACCACGACCACGUACCAGGCUCCAGUCACAGCGACGUACAACACUCCUGCAAUAGCCUUGUACCAAACCCACGGUGUAGCCACUGUCCCCGCGUCGUAUGUGCACAGCGGGGGCUGGCCUUUUGGUAACCCAGCAUCACCUGACGUGCCUCAAGUCCCGUACGGGAAAAAGCGCUGA